GGCGUACUUGGCCUUUCUCUCUCCACAGAUAUGGUACGCCCACAGUCCCCUCUCUCUCUCUCUCUCUCUCUAGAUAUAUAUACACACACACACAUACAUAUAUGACUAGCUUCAAGUAGAGCAAGCCCAUACCAUUUACAGCUCUCUCCGAAAGUGGGUUCAAGCUUCUUGGGAGCAUCAAUGGCUAUUUUCAUGGUGGUGUUGGUGGUGCUCUUUGUCUGCACAGCUCUGUUGAGAUGGAAUGAAGUGAAGUACAGCAAGAAAGGUUUGCCUCCUGGUACCAUGGGUUGGCCUGUUUUUGGGGAGACUACAGAGUUUCUAAAACAAGGUCCAAAUUUCAUGAAAAACCAAAGAGCAAGGUAUGGAAGUUGUUUCAAAUCCCACAUAUUGGGGUGCCCUACCAUUGUUUCCAUGGAUCCAGAGCUAAACAGAUACAUCCUAAUGAAUGAAGCAAAAGGAUUUGUUCCUGGUUACCCACAGUCCAUGAUAGACAUCUUAGGGAAAUGCAACAUUGCAGCUGUUCAUGGCUCCACUCACAAGCACAUGAGAGGGGCAUUACUUUCUCUCAUAAGCCCCUCCAUGAUCAGAGAACAACUUUUGCCCAAAAUUGAUGAAUUCAUGAGGUCCCACCUAAACAAUUGGGAUAACAAAAUCAUUGACAUCCAAGAGAAAACCAAUGAGAUGGCAUUUCUCUCCUCGAUCAAGCAAAUUGCGGGUAUCGAAUCAAGCUCAAUAACUCAUGAAUUCAUGCCAGAAUUCUUUAAGCUGGUAUUAGGAACCCUUUCUCUGCCAAUUGACCUUCCCGGCACAAAUUACCGGCGCGGGUUUCAGGCAAGGAAGAACAUAAUUAGCAUGUUGAGACAACUUCUAGAGGAGAGAAGAGCUUGCCAAGAAACCCAACAUGACAUGCUUGGUUUACUACUGACAAGUGAAGAAAAUAGAUACAAGCUUAGUGACGAAGAGAUAAUUGAUCAAAUAAUCACAAUUUUGUACUCUGGGUACGAGACUGUUUCUACUACUACGAUGAUGGCUGUUAAAUAUCUCCAUGAUCAUCCGAGAGAGCUUGAAGAGCUCAGGAAAGAACAUUUGGCAAUUAGAGAGAUGAAAAGGCCAGAGGAUCCGAUUAACUGUGAAGAUUUCAAAUCAAUGCGCUUCACUCGUGCUGUGAUCUUUGAGACCUCAAGACUAGCAACAAUUGUUAAUGGGGUUCUGAGGAAAACAACUAGCGACAUGGAACUAAAUGGAUUUGUUAUCCCCAAAGAUUGGAGAAUAUAUGUUUAUACAAGAGAGAUCAAUUACGAUCCGUGUUUAUAUCCGGACCCAUUAACCUUCAACCCAUGGAGAUGGAUGGACAAGAGCUUGGAGUCUCAGAACUACCUCUUCAUAUUCGGAGGAGGUACAAGGCAGUGUCCUGGAAAGGAACUAGGAAUAGCAGAAAUUUCUACAUUCCUUCAUUACUUUGUAACUAAAUACAGAUGGGAAGAAGUAGGAGAAGACAAGCUAAUGAAAUUUCCAAGAGUUGAAGCACCAGAUGGGCUGCACAUUAGGGUUUCGAGUUACUGACUGACCUAAUAAUAAUAAUAUAUGUACAGCAAGAUAUAUGGCAUAUCUGAGGAUUAUGGAUGUAAAAUAAUGUUCUAACAGAAUAGGAAUUGAAUGAAAUAGAGAUUUACCAUUUCGGCAAGUUAUCAGUGUUCCCAAAUUUUGAUUUGUUCAAUUAACAUAAAUAAAUAAGGUUGGUCAUGGAGA